ACAACCUUCCACCAAAACUCGUACAAAAACCUCCCAUGGAGCACCACCACCACCACCAAAAGACUAGCUCUAGAGACACUUUCUCCUUCCCUAGCACUCCAAGUCAAGACCAAGAUUCUGAAUUCGAAUUCGGGUGUUUCACACCAGAUUUUCCUUCGACUGUUGAUUCCUACAAGACCUCACCGGCUGAUCAUCUUUUCUACAAUGGCCGUCUCUUGCCUCAUUCUUUCCCAGUUGUACUUCAACAGCAACAACAAACACCAACAACCCCCAUGGUUCUCAUCGAAUCUAUCUCUCGAGCAUCGAGCAGAACCAGCAGCGUGUCUAGCAAAGAUUCCCUCAUGUCAUCGAGGAGCAAUAGUGUUAAUAGCAGUAGAAGCAGUGUUAGCUGCAGCAGCUCAAGACCAAGUUGGAGUAGUGACAAUUCUGAAAGGAAAUUACUAUAUCACAGUACAAAACUUGCAAGCAGAACUCCUAUGGCUAGUAAACUUGUAAUGGCGCAGCUGUAUGGCUCUUCUCAACGGUGGCAACAUGUCACGCCUAUUCCAGCCCUGAAACCUGAGGAUUCCAAGAGAAAAAAAGGUAGUGAAGUUGCGGCGAAACAAGGGUUGAUGAGAAACAAGAAAGAAGGUAAUCAUCAACAAGGGAAAAAAGACAAGUCAUCGGGCAUUUGCCAGAGAUUUUUCAGGUCAUUUUUGGUUGCAUGUAGAGAAUGCCAUGCCAUGGAACCUUCAACAGAAGAUGAUAUCUUCCAGGGAAGUGUUAAGUUAUAAUAGUUAUGGCUAUAUUAUUCACUUUUGUAUUAUAGUAUAUUAAUGGGGCUUUUCUCUCUCUCUCUCUCUCUCUCACUCUCUCUCUUUUCCUUUAUUUUCUUGGAGAGUAUUGAUGAAUCGGCACAUGA